AUGAAGCUCGACACUAGGGCCAUGCGCCACCUGGCCUCAGAGGACUGGAGGGUCCUCACGGCGGUCGAAAUGGGCAGCAAAAAUCACGAGAUUGUCCCCACACCCCUAAUCGAAAGAAUCUCAAGGUUGCGCGGCGGUGCCAACGGCGUGCACCGGAGUAUUUCAGCCCUCGCAAAGGUUGGGUUGAUCGCCCGCGUCAAGGAGGCCAAGUACGAUGGCUACCGCUUGACCUACGGCGGCAUGGAUUAUCUCGCACUCCACACAUACUCGGCGCGAAAGGAGAUCUACAGCGUCGGCACUCGGAUAGGAGUCGGCAAGGAGAGCGAUAUCAUGGUCGUGGCAGAUAACAGUGGCGUGCAAAGAGUGCUCAAAAUCCACAGGCUGGGGCGAAUCUCGUUUCGAACAGUCAAAUCCAACCGAGACUACCUAAAAAAUAGGUCAUCGGGAUCUUGGAUGUACCUGUCCCGGUUAGCAGCCAUGCGCGAGUACGCGUUCAUGAAGGCGCUGCAGAACGAAGGGUUCCCUGUACCCGAACCUCUCGGACAGUCACGACACACGGUCCUAAUGUCUCUUAUCGACGCCUUCCCGCUCCGUGGCAUCUCUUCCGUGCCCGAUCCAGCAAGUCUCUACGCUGACUUGAUAGCGCUCAUCCUACGACUUGCAAAGCAUGGCCUAAUUCACGGUGAUUUCAACGAGUUUAACUUGUUGAUCAAGGAGGUCAAGACGUCGAAGAAGAAUAGCGAGACGAACGAGGAAGAAGAGGCUAUCGAUCUUGUUCCUAUUCUCAUCGAUUUCCCCCAAAUGGUUUCGAUGGACCACCGAAAUGCGGAAAUGUACUUUGAUCGAGAUGUUGCCUGUCCAUUCUUCAAAGAUGCCAAGAAACUAGUAGCAAAGGAUGGCGCGACCCGGUUGGAUGCCACGGCGGCGGCAUCCGGGUUCAGCAAAAAGAUGGCGAAGGAUCUCGAGGUGGCCAUGCGGGAACAGAUCGAGUCCCGCGGUGAGGGUGCCGGAUCUGAUGAGGAAGAGUACGAUGAGAGCGAUGACGAAUCUGAGGACGAUGAAGAUGGUGCGAGCGAGCCGGUCGUGAUUGGUGGUAUAGGUGCGGAAGAAGCACAAGAGGAGCCGUUGGCGGAGGACGCUGGGAAAUUGAAAGUGGACGGCUAA